CAGUCGGUCCGGUUCCUAGUCGUCAAAAUGGCGUCCUCUUUCAACAUUGUUAUUGGUCGACCCACAUUGACCGAAAUCCGAGCUGUGGUUUCCCAAUCUCACCUCUGCAUGAAAUUCCCCACCCUUAUGGGAAUAGCAACAUUGCGAGGAAACCAGGAGGUGGCCAGACACUGUUACAUCACCUCGGUAACACAACCCAUGAAGGACAAAGCUCAGACUCCCGAAGCCAUUCCCAAGCAAAUUUCUGAUAAUCAGCAAGUUAUGGGUGUUGAGAUCAUAGAUAAUCGACCAGAAGAUGAAACCAGAGCUGCUCCGGUCGAAGAUGUUGAAGAAGUGCUCGUUGAUGACAGAGAUCCGAGACGAAAAACGCAGAUCGGAACUAGAUUGAACCCGAAGGAGAGGGCAGAACUGAUAGCUUUUCUCCGAGCUAACAAUGAUGUAUUUGCGUGGACUUCGGCAGAUAUGCCAGGAAUCCCAACUUCAGUAUAUCAACAUAAGCUCAGUACCAACCCGUUGAAGAAACCAGUGGCCCAGAAGCGGCGUCUCUUCGGGGGGGAGAGGCUUCAGGCUGUUAAAGAAGAGGUAGAGAAACUCCUGCAAGCUGGUUUUGUCCGGAAAGUUGAUUACUGUGAAUGGGUGGCUAACCCAGUUUUGGUGAAGAAGGCCAAUGGCAAAUGGCGAAUGUGUAUUGAUUACACAAAUCUUAACAACGCUUGCCCCAAGGAUUACUAUCCAAUGCCGAGCAUUGACAAACUAGUUGAAGCGGCUUCAGGCAAUGAGAGGUUGAGCCUUUUGGACGCAUACUCGGGGUAUCACCAGGUGCCAAUGGCUCCAGAAGACGAAGAGAAAACCGCGUUCUAUGCUGGUGAUGAAAUUUAUUGUUAUGUCAUGAUGCCGUUUGGCUUAAAGAAUGCAGGUGCUACUUAUCAGAAAAUGGUGACCAUUGUCUUCCACGCUCAGAUUGGCAAAAAUCUGGAAGUAUAUGUCGAUGACAUUGUGGUAAAGAGCCUCAAAGCAGAAGACCAUCUCGCCGACCUCGGCGAAACCUUUAACAACCUCAGAAAGAACAGGAUGCGGUUAAAUCCAGCCAAGUGCAUUUUCGGAGUGGAGUCCGGCAAAUUUCUAGAAGUUUUAGAUGAACCAAGCUUCACAAAGCCUCGAGUGAUGGAGAUUAGCACAAAUCCUAAUGCCCCAAGCUGGACUGAUUCAAUUGUCUCCUUCUUACGAGACGGGAUAGUGCCUGAGGAUAGGCAAGAGGCAAUGAAAUUAAGGAAGAAAGCAUCUCGGUAUACACUUGUUAAUGGAGUCCUGUAUAAGAGAUCUUUCUCACUUCCUCUCCUACGGUGUUUAAGUCCCUAUGAAGCUGAAUACGCACUUCGAGAGGUGCAUGAGGGUGUCUGUGGGAGCCAUGUAGGUGCUAGAACUCUGGCUCACAAAAAAUGUCCGAAGUGCCAAUUCUUCGCACAUCUGGCUCACCAACCUGCAGAAGAACUCACAACCUUGGUAGCACCACGGCCAUUUGCACAGUGGGGAUUAGAUCUUUUGGGUCCAUUCGUGAAAGGGGUUGGUGGCGUAACCCAUCUGGUUGUUGGUGUGGAUUAUUUCACAAAGUGGGUCGAAGCUCGGCCUUUAUCUAGUCUUACCUCCAAGAAAGUUGAAGAUUUUGUUUUCAGCUCGAUCAUCUGCAGAUAUGGGAUCCCAAACCAGAUUGUGGCUGAUAAUGGAACUUAAUUCAAUUGCUCCUCUUUUCGAGAUUUCUGCUCCAAUUAUGGGAUCAAAUUACAGUUCACCUCCGUUUAUCACCCAGAAUCCAACGGCAUGGUUGAAUCUGUUAACAAAUGCAUUCUGGAAGGUAUAAAGUCGAGAUUGGAACAGCAUAAGGCCAAAUGGGCAGACGAGCUCAACAACGUCCUCUGGGCAUACAGAACCACGAGCCGAACUGCCACAGGUGAAACACCCUACCACCUGGCCUUUGGUACCGAAGCAGUCAUUCCUGUUGAGAUAGGAGUCCCAAGCUUCCAGGUCACCCAUUUCGAUAAAGGACGAAAUGGACAACUGCUUCGGGAAAAUCUUGAUCUGCUUGCUGAAGUCAGAGAAGAAGCUCGACUUCGAACUCUUGUAUACAAGCAGAAAUUAGCUAACUUCUACAAUAAACGGGUCCGCCCUCGAACUUUCAAAGUAGGAGACCUUGUUCUUAGAAAAGCUGGCCUAACAGGAUUUGAAACUCGUUUUGGCAAACUCGCCCCAAAUUGGGAAGGCCCUUAUGC